AAAGACACAAAUCGCCUCCCGGAGUGGCGCCUCCAGUCGCGGCGGAGCGCGGCGUUGGCGGCGGAUGGAGGGCGAGAGCGGGCGGCCGCGGCGGCUGCACCCGGCGGGGCGCUGAUGCGGCGCCCGGACCUUCGCUGCGCGACUUCGGGGGCGUCGGCCGAGUUGGCACUCCGCGAUGCAGCUCCUGAAGGCGCUCUGGGCACUGGCUGGGGCCGCGCUCUGCUGCUUCCUCGUCCUGGUGAUCCACGCUCAGUUCCUGAAAGAAGGUCAGCUGGCCGCCGGCACCUGUGAGAUUGUGACCCUGGACCGGGACAGCAGCCAGCCCCGGAGGACGAUCGCCCGGCAGACGGCUCGCUGUGCAUGCAGGAAAGGGCAGAUUGCUGGCACCACGAGAGCACGGCCUGCCUGUGUGGACGCGAGAAUUAUCAAGACAAAGCAGUGGUGUGACAUGCUCCCGUGCCUGGAGGGGGAAGGCUGUGACCUGUUAAUCAACCGCUCAGGCUGGACGUGCACACAGCCUGGCGGGAGGAUAAAGACCACCACGGUCUCCUGACAAACACAGCCCCUGAGGGGCCCCCAGGAGUGGCCUGGGCUCCCUGGAGAGCCCACGCCUUGGCCACGGUCCUCCGUCCGCUGUGGACUUCACCUGUUCUCUGCCAUCCAGCUACUCUGCUCCCUGUGGCCCACCAAGGAUAGCCUCGUCCCUCGGCAUCCUGUGCUCCAGUGCAGCUGAACCGAGGAGGCCAGGACUAGGACACAGGUGGGGGCAGCGUCAGGCAUCAGCAAUACUUGGUCUGCGGGAGCCUGCCCGUGCCCACCGUCUGCCGGCCCUGGCGUUGGCCUUGCUCUCGGAGGAAGGCGAGGACAAGGGGGACGAGGAGGCACUGGUGGCCAGAAGAGGCUGCAGCCCAGCCAGCCUCAGACACGACACCCAGCCCGGGGAACUGUCAGGUGCGGAAGCUGCCUCCUCUCGUGCCCAGACUCUGUGAAUUGCUUUUAUUUUCUUAUACUUUCAGUAUACUCGAUAGACCAAAGAGCAAAAUCUAUUUUACCGUGGAUGCACCCUGACUGCCUGAGUCCCAGGGUUCUGUUGUGGGGGCGGGGGACACGGUGGCAGAGACAUGCUGGUGGCCCCAGUGGAACAGAGGGGGCAGCCCUGGCAGAGGCCUCCACCGCACGAACACUCCGGCACAGCCUGCAAGGACGGGCUCUGGCUGGAAGGAGGCCGAGACGCACCUGCAGGAAUCGGCCAGCGCAGUGCCGGGGGUGGGGCCUGCGCAGACACCGCCAGCCCCCCAGGAACACAAGCCGCUGUAUUCCUCUGUACUUAAAUGGACUUUAUCGUACUAAAAUCACUUUCUGUUUUAACCAGUUAAACAUGCCUCUUCUGCAGCUCCAUUUUUGAUAGUUGGAUAAUCCAGUAUUUGCCAAGAGCAUGUUGGGUCCCCCGUGACUGCCGUCACAUCCGAUACACCAUUUAGCUCCAGAAAGCAAAUUAAAGAAAACUAAAGUAACACUUGUUUGGAAGAGAUCAUUAAAUGUAUUUUGCAAAGCCUAAA